GCAAGCGGACUCUACGCAAAGUCCUCGUCGCCGGGCUACGUUCAAAUUGAAAGCUGGGCAUAUGAAUAGCAUUUCACUUCUCCAUCUCGUUCUCACUCAACCCGACCCGUUUUCUAUAUUGGCUUCGGAUAUUUCCGCCGAUUGACGUUCCGAUGCAGUCCACCGUUCGACUCUUCUCCUCUCUCCUCGCUUCCUUCUUUAUCAUUUCACUUGCGUUCGCCUCCGAGUCCGAUCACAAGUAUCGACCAGAUGAUCCCAUCACCCUUUGGGUGAAUAAAGUAGGGCCAUACAAUAAUCCACAAGAAACUUACAAUUAUUAUAGUCUUCCAUUUUGUCGUCCAUCGGGUAAUGCUGCUCACAAAUGGGGUGGUCUUGGUGAGGUAUUGGGUGGAAAUGAGCUUAUUGAUAGCCUGAUUGACAUAAAAUUCAAAAAAUCUGUGGACAAAACCACUAUUUGUGAGCUUGAACUUGAUGAAGCAAAGGUCAAACAAUUCAAGGAUGCUAUUGAUAAUAGUUAUUGGUUUGAAUUUUUCAUUGAUGAUCUGCCUUUAUGGGGUUUUGUGGGUGAGAAUACUGAUAAUAAGCAUGUGCUCUACACACACAAGAGUAUAACUGUGAAUUACAACAAAGAUCAAAUCAUUCAUGUCAAUCUUACUCAAGGAGGUGCAAAACCAUUGGAAGUUGGAAAAACAGUUGACAUGACAUAUUCAGUGAAGUGGAUUCUGACAAACACAUCUUUCGCUCGUCGUUUUGAUGUUUACCUGGACUAUCCUUUUUUUGAACAUCAGAUACACUGGUUCUCUAUUUUCAAUUCCUUCAUGAUGGUUAUAUUCCUUACCGGUCUGGUAUCGAUGAUAUUGAUGCGAACUCUACGAAAUGAUUAUGCAAAAUAUGCCCGCGAGGAUGAUGAUUUGGAAACCCUGGAAAGAGAUGUCAAUGAAGAGUCUGGUUGGAAACUUGUUCAUGGAGAUGUAUUUAGGACUCCCCGCAGUUUAGUUUUACUCUCUGCUUUUGUUGGCACUGGUGCGCAGCUAGCAUUGCUGGUUCUCCUUGUCAUUUUAUUUGCAAUUGUCGGAAUGUUGUAUAUCGGGAGAGGUGCGAUUGUCACUACUUUCAUUGUAUGUUAUGCUUUUACAUCAUUCAUCUCGGGCUAUGUAAGUGGUGGAAUGUACUCACGCCAUGGUGGCAAAAAUUGGAUUAAAUCAAUGAUUCUCACUGCUUCAUUUUUUCCUUUUCUGUGCUUUGGGAUUGGUUUCAUGCUGAACACUGUUGCAAUAUUUUAUGGGUCCCUAGCAGCCAUUCCUUUUGGCACGAUGGUGGCUGUCUUCGUCAUCUGGUCAUUUGUCUCUUUCCCCCUGACACUUCUUGGUGCAGUUGUUGGAAGAAACUGGAGUGGUGCUCCAAACAAUCCAUGCCGAGUGAAGACCAUUCCCCGACCAAUUCCUGAGAAGAAGUGGUACUUGACACCGUCCGUAGUUUCUAUGAUGGGAGGAUUGCUUCCAUUUGGCAGCAUAUUCAUUGAAAUGUACUUUGUUUUCACUUCCUUCUGGAAUUACAAGGUGUACUAUGUAUAUGGCUUUAUGCUUCUUGUUUUUGUGAUUCUUAUUAUCGUCACGGUCUGCGUGACGAUAGUGGGAACAUAUUUCCUGCUAAAUGCCGAGAAUUAUCAUUGGCAGUGGACAUCUUUCUUCUCAGCAGCGUCAACAGCUAUUUAUGUGUACUUGUACUCGAUAUAUUACUAUUAUGUGAAGACAAAGAUGUCAGGAUUCUUUCAGACAAGCUUUUACUUUGGCUAUACAUUAAUGUUUUGUCUUGGCUUAGGAAUUCUUUGCGGUGCUGUUGGUUACUUAGGUUCUAAUUUGUUUGUAAGGAGGAUAUAUAGAAACAUCAAAAUCGACUAGUUUAUGAGCUGCAAGAGAAAUCUUUUUUGCAUCAUGUUUCUCAUCUCAGAGAUGAAUCGAGCGAAGCCUGCAGUAUCUCCAUCAGAUCUCUGGUAAAGUCGAUGUUUAAUGUGCAAGAUCUGAGGAUGAUAUGUAAUUCAGAAUUUUGGGGACGGCCUAAAAGAUUUCCCCGUUCUCUGGGUUGUAAAACCGAGUACACUUAACGUAAUUUAGAGAGAUUGUUUUUAUAAUUGAAGAUAGGAUGGAUAAUACUAGUUUUGUAUUUAGUUAUUUCUCACAUAUUUCCAGACAAUGGAUGCUCUACUGGUAUUGCAUUUUAUGUUGCUUUUCUUGUCGUGAAAAUCUUGUGCAAGUAGGUGUUUCUAGGGGGUCGACAAUUACUGGACAAUUAUGUGGAAAUGAAUUGUUUGGUGACA